CUUGGGAGAACAUGUUCCGUUUACUACCCGAGCGUGCGGCGGCGGCCCAGACUUCUCUUGAUGGAAAAUCAGCGCCCACUAACUCCGCCCCUGCACUAAUCCUCGCGCCGCCGCCGCCCCCUCCACCUCUCCCUUCCCCUACCCGUUGAUGGGCAUGUGAUACUGCAUGUGGCGGUGCUUCAUCACCGCGCUGGAGCGAGGGAAGAGGGUCCCGGGCAAGUUUUUCUGCGUCGUGUGGGCAGACGAUGCGGAUGGCCAACGGCUUCUUCGGAGAUCUGGAUCCAAGCUUGCAAGCGCUGCUGUCCCAAGCUGGGAGCGGCGUAGUUGAGGUGGAGGCAGUGGUGGGGUGCUCCUCGCUACCGGGUGAGGCCGCGCAGGUGGCGGGCGCUGGCGACAACACAAGUACAGCCUCCGGCAACUCUGUUGCUGCAGCCCUAAGCGCUGCACGCGGCGACAUGGGGGUUGGGGCUGAGGUGUCCGUGAUCGAUGGUGGCCACGGAGGAGAGAGCACCGUCGUCUCGGGCUGGAAGAGGAGGCCCCAAACGACUGCUGAACUCCGCACGGGUCACAGCGCUCAAGCGGACGCUGCGCGAAUUCCCGGCCCGCAUUAGUGGUGAAGUGAUUGUGCCACAGGUUGGGGUUACGUUUGAUUCUAUAGGCGAGGCUUACGACUAUUACAAUAUGUACUCAUGGGAACGGGUGCAUGGUGCUCGCGCUGGGUGCAGCUCUUACUCAACUUUUGGGACCUGUCUCUGGCUGCUGCUCAUGGAUGGUGUGGCCAUGGAGGGGCUGGGUCGGUGGAUGUUGCUAUCGCUCGGAUGGAGACCCAUAUUCAGGCCCAGUCCGCCAAAUCAUGCGCGGGCGAUGUCCAGGUGAAAAGCCUUAAUGGUUUGGUGAUUGCGCUGGACGGCGCGAGUAAGGCCCCAAUGAAGAGGGAGGCAUGCGGUUAUGAGAUUGUAGAGGGUAGCGGGGAGCACACUCCAAUUGCGGCGGUUGAAUCGAAGAGGGGUCGCCAGCAAUUCAACAAAGUUGGUGACCUGCGUGUAGGCGACUGGGAUGUUGAAGUGUUCGAUUCUGACGGAGUUGUUGAUGCUGACGAGGUGGACAGCCUGAUGUGCAAGAGGGCCAGGGCGUUUUAGACGUUAUGUUGUUAUAUGGGACUGAUCGCAUUAGUCCCAAUGAUGAUGCUCCCGAUUUGUACUAAUUAAGUAGUCAGACACUCGGACGGUUUGCAAUAGUUUGCAAGGGAAAAUUGGCCAAUAA